UACUUUCAAAAUAAAAUUGGUAAACCCAAUCUCCAAUCUAUACUCUUCAAAGUUAAUUCCAUAGGUUUAGCAACAAUGAAACUUCGACCUUUAAACAAGAUUUGGCCAGGUGAUAACAUGGAGCGUAUGCUAGUAUCCGCUUGUCUUGGACUUAUUCCAGGAGCUUACUAUAUUCUCAUUAUAAAAGUGCUGCCGGAGUUGCUGGACUACGGCUCUGCCGGCUACAUAUUCCUCCAGCUGCUGGGCAUGUUCCUCUUCUCAAACCUGAUGUCCAACUUCAUUAUGUGCGUGCUGGUGGAUCCCUCCAUUGACCCGAGUACAAUGGGGUCGCCACUGGAGCGGGAAAAGCAGCCUAGGGAGUGGCACGAGUGUAAGAAGUGCGAUAUCUGGGCUCCACCGCGAUCCCAUCAUUGCAAAAUCUGCGACGUUUGUGUUCUAAAGCGAGAUCAUCACUGCAACUUCACCGGUUGCUGCGUUGGCCAUGCAAACUAUAGAUACUUUUUCUACUUUGUCAUCUAUAUGCUGAUCUCCUCACUAGUGGCUUUUAUAGCAAGUCUCGUGUUUGUUUAUUUUCUUCGCGGAGGCAGCUACAAGUUUGUUCUGUUACCCUUUGCCAAUGGGUUAUAUGAUGUUCGCGAGGUUUUUAAUGAAAAAGGGGAAUUGAAUGUGAAGGAGUUACUCAAAAGUGUGAUACCCAGCCAAUUUGAGAUGGUGUUUGCUGUGCUUUUUGGUUUGAAUUGGGUAGUCCUUUUCUCAACUAUAUGUUUUUUGUAUCAACGUUGGCCCAUUCUGAUAAGCGGUGUGACUUGGUACGAAUUGAGAACAAAGAACUUCAACUAUGAUCGUGGUCUGCGCUUGAACUUGCAGAUGAUUUUCGGCAGCCGAAUGAGCUUGUCUUGGAUUUCUCCAUUUAUUUCAAGCCCGUUGCCGCAUGAUGGCAUCCAUUGGAUGUCAGAAGAUAAAGAUGCUGGCGAUGGCAACUAAUCUAAUAUGAUGUAUUACAAACAACACGAAAGAAUUCGUAUUAAAAUUCGGAUAUUUAAAAAUUGUCUUUAUUAUUAAAAAAG